AUGUUCAAAUUGUUGGUACUUGCCGUGCUACUUUGCACCGUCAACGCUGGCAUAAUACUAGAUCACAAACCUGUUAUUGCGGUUGCUCACACGGCUACUUCGCAUCAAAACAGCAACUCCCUUUCUAUCAAUCCCGUUCCGAUUGUAGCACAUAAAGUAGCUGUUGCUCAUGCUCCUGUAGCUAUCGCCCACGCUCCUAUCGCUGUAGCACAUGCACCAAUAGCCGUCGCUCACGCUCCUGUCGCUGUAGCUCACCACUCUGUUGCAGUCGCCCACCAUCCUGUAGCUGUUCUUCAUCAUUAG